GUAACAAUUUCUUUUAAAUUUUUGGCUUGCAGAGAAAUUUCUUCUGUUUCUACCGAAUACAUUUGAUAUUCGUCGAUUAGUUAAAAAAAUGGCUAAAGAGACCCCUAAUUGGGAAGGUCUGCUUAAAUGGAGUCUCUCUCACUCUGAUGGCACUGGUUCUGCUCGCAAUUUAAGCGAGGAGGAUAGGAGAUGGUUCAUGGAUGCUAUGCAAGCUCAGAGUGUUGAUGUUAUUAGACGAAUGAAAGAGAUAACUCUUGUUAUGCAAACCCCAGAGCAGGUCCUGGAAUCUCAGGGAGUAACUCCGCAAGAUAUUGAAGGUAUGUUGGAUGAGCUACAAGAGCAUGUGGAGUCCAUUGACAAUGCCAAUGAUAUUCACUCCAUUGGUGGCUUGGUUCCUCUCCUUGGCUAUCUGAAGAACUCCCAUGCUAUCAUCAGAGCGAAGGCUGCAGAAGUUGUAGGUACAAUCGUACAGAACAACCCAAAGAGUCAACAAUUAGUUAUGGAAGCUAAUGGCCUAGAACCACUCUUAUCAAAUUUUACUUCAGAUUCUGAUGUUACAGUCCGUACCAAAGCGCUUGGUGCAAUCUCAUCUCUAAUUAGGCAUAACAGGCCUGGAAUUGCUGCCUUUCGCCUUGCAAAUGGUUAUGCAGCUCUAAGAGACGCUUUAAGUUCUGAGAGUGGCAGAUUUCAGAGGAAAGCUCUUAACUUGGUUCAUUAUUUACUUCACGAGAAUCAUUCAGAUUGUGGUGUAGUAACUGAGUUAGGAUUUCCACGCAUUAUGAUGCACCUGGCAUCAAGCAAAGAUGGAGAAGUCCGUGAAGCUGCACUUCAAGGCCUUCUUGAGCUAACACGCUACAGGUUGGGCAAGGCGGACACUAGUCAAAGUGAAGAAGACGACAAACUGAAGCAAAUAUUACAAGAACGGAUUAAUGGGAUUAGCGAGAUGUCUGCUGAAGACCUAGGUGCUGCCCGAGAGGAAAGGCACCUUGUCGACUCCCUUUGGAGUACCUGCUACAAUGAACCAUCUUCUCUUCGAGAGAGGGGGCUUCUUGCUCUCCCAGGAGAAGAUGCACCUCCGCCAGAUGUAGCCAGUAAGCAUUUUGAGCCUCCUCUUAGAGCUUGGGGUGCAAACCGGAAUCCUGAUGCAAAAUCUAGUACCAAAAAGGAGGAAAAGGAGACGCCGCCAUUAUUACUUGGUCCAGUUCCCUCAUCUGGCAAUGCUUCCUAAUGCAUUUAUGAGAUAUUAGACAAUAAUAAUUUCUAGUUUAUGUUUGCCGUUGUGUCACACCUGGAUAAAAAUGUUUUUGUAUUACUUAAUGGAGGAUGCCUUUCGUCUUCCAUAAAUAGCUCUUUCCUAACAAUGCAAAUGGGAUCUAUUUUCCCUUUUUGGUUCAUCAUCAGUUCCUGUAAUUGUUUUUCUGCUCCUGCGCAUAAGUGGAUGAUUAAGCUACAAAAGCAUAUUUGUGUUGUUUUGUAUUUUUUUUAUUAUAUUGAGACUCUAGACUGAUAAGCGGUCGUAGCUGUUAUGUAGAGGACGAGACACUAUUCUCUGUGUUUGAUUU